CAGUGACCGCCGGGAAGAGAACGCAGCAAUUACGAAACGCAGUCCGAAGACUUUUGGCCCCCGCCGCCUCCUUCUCCACCUCCACCACUAUCAUCUCCCUCUCCCUCCCUCCCUCAUACGACACGACUCGCUCUCGCCUCUUAUUCAGACGGGGCACUACGAACGACGCCGAAGCCAUCAUCGUCGUCGCCAACGCCAACAUGGCCGCUCUGAGAAGAGAGCGGGGUUUUUUUUGCUCGAAGCCGAAGAAGAACUCUCCCUUCGCUCCGGAGGCCUCUUGUGAGGCUGCGCCGCGCAGGGGCGCCUGGGAAGUGUAGUUCUAUUCCAGGCCCUUUCGCCCACGCGGGGCACGGCUACGCCCCUGUGGCACUACAGUUCCCAGAAGCGCAAGGGAGGGGCGCUCCGAAGGGCCAAUGAGAAAGGCUGAGUCUCCCCCUCCCUCUCCCCCUCUGCAACUCGAGUGAGGAGGAUGACGUAAUUGCAAAGCGGGCGAAGGGAGGCGCGCCUUUUGCUGCGCUGCGAUUCAUUGUGCCAGAACUGUGCUCCCCGGGUAGCCUCCUCCCCCUGCUGUUGCUGCUUUGAGCAACCAGGGCAGCAGCAGCAGCAGCAGCAGCAACAGCAGCGACGACUGAAACCCGAGCAAAAGGGGGCGGGAGUGUGUGGGUUGGCUGGCUAGUAGGGUGGGAGGAAAGGGGGAAAAAGAAAAAAAAAAGCAAGCUUGUCCGUUUGUAUCCCACGGGACCCGCUUGCAAGCCUUGCCCCAUGCCUGAGUGACUUGAUCUCCCAGCCUUGCCUCUUCUUGGUUGAUGUUCUUGGGUGAAGGGCAGGGAGCAGCCGUCCCAAACCAGCUGUCAAUGAGUAUGGAAGAUUAUGACUUUCUCUUCAAAAUAGUUUUAAUUGGGAACGCUGGCGUGGGGAAGACCUGCUUAGUCCGACGCUUCACUCAGGGUCUUUUCCCACCAGGACAAGGAGCCACAAUCGGGGUUGACUUUAUGAUUAAGACGGUGGAGAUAAAUGGUGAAAAAGUCAAGCUGCAGAUCUGGGAUACAGCAGGACAAGAGAGAUUCCGGUCCAUUACGCAGAGUUACUAUCGCAGCGCUAAUGCAUUAAUACUGACCUAUGACAUAACUUGUGAAGAGUCGUUUCGAUGCCUCCCGGAAUGGCUGAGGGAGAUAGAGCAAUAUGCCAGCAAUAAAGUCAUAACCGUCCUAGUGGGGAAUAAAAUUGAUUUAGCAGACAAACGAGAAGUCUCGCAACAAAGAGCAGAAGAAUUUUCUGAAGCCCAAGACAUGUACUAUCUGGAGACCUCAGCGAAAGAAUCUGAUAACGUGGAAAAACUCUUUCUGGACUUAGCAUUACGGCUGAUCGGUGAGGCGAGACAGAAUACGCUUGUGAACAAUGUGGAAUCCCCAUUACCGGGCGAAGGGAAAAGUAUCAGCUAUUUGACUUGCUGUAAUUUCAACUGAUGGCUUCUCAGCCUCGAGGGUUAGGACUAUUUCUCCGUGCAGAGGCCUAUCUCAUGGGAGGCGAAUCCUGCUGCCUUGACCCAAUCUGACGGGCGGUUGCUGUCCGAUUCCCGAUCUUGAAGCAUGGCAGGCUGGCCAAUUCGCCUGUGGGGUCAGCAUAGCAGAAUAUAACCCGGUUUAAUCCUUUCUCUCUCUCUUUGUAAUCUGGAGGUGGUCAGGAUUCAAGGGAGCAUUAGGCAUCCUCUAGCAACCAGAAGCCGGGUCAUCGUUCCAGUCUCAGAAGCAACUAACCAAGCUUCUCUUGGAAACGUUGGAUAUUGCAGGAUCUCGCUUUCAUGACAUGUUUUGGAUCUUUUAAAUCAGAAAACUGAAAUGCACAUUAACCAUUGGCUAACCAUUAUGGGCUGCCAGCUAAGCAAAUACCUGUAUAUAGAUCAUGACCCGAAACAUUUGCGUUUAGGGCACAACUCAACACAGUGUGUGCGUGCAGGUGUGUUUCAUUUUAAAAAUAAGUGUUAAUGUCUCCUACAUUCAGGCCUUUUCAUCGAUAUUGGAUUUAAAAAUAGAAAUGUCAAUACUUUGAAAGCAACAAGAGUGGAGAUGGGCUCUGUCAGUCCUUGUUAGUAUUAGCAGUUCAGCUGUCUGCUCGCCAGAGCAAAUUUUAGGAGUGGGCCAUUAUUUGCCGGCUCUGUUCUGUACAGAAGCUAAAAAUUGUUCAUUAAUAAGCACCAAUUGUAUUUUAAAAACAACAACAACCCUUUCUGUGGGUACAAGCAAAUACAGCAUGCUGCUCUUGGACUGAAUGAGUUUAAUGUGGAUUUAAAUGUUGCCCACUAGAAGAGAGGUGGGUUUAGUUUACUGAAGAGGAGUUUUAAGAACCUGACCUGUUCAAAUAUGUGUCCCCAAAUGCAGUGCUGUUUCCAGUUAAGAUCAGUAUUUUUCUACCAUUCUGCCAUUUAGUGGGCUUCCAUUCGGAACAAAGGGUUUUGCUGGUUUUUUGUUUUUUUUAAUUAGGUUAAUUAUUUUAGUAAUUAUUGGAAAUAACUCCUGAACCAGCUCUUUGGAGUACGCAGACAGCAUACAUGGUAGUUUGUUUAAAGGAAUGUUCUAAAACUGGCUGAAAUUUUGAGGACGGGUGAUCCAUUAUAUCCAAGUGUCCAUUUUAAGCAUGGAUGUCGUAAGUGGUCUGCACUGUUAAAGACCCCUUUGAGGGCUCUCGUGUCAAUGCUCCUUAAUGUCAAAAGCUUGUCUGACAAAGAUCUUACAGGAGUUAAAUCCCAGGAUGGGUCCAGCUAGCCGCCCCGAAUAACAGCACCUUUGCUCAGUGUAGAAGAUCGAUACUGAUGUGUGAUUUUAAACAUCAGCCCCCAUGGCAUUUGAACAGCCGCUGUUGGUGGAAAUAUUUCCCAUCCGGGAAGCAAGCGCAUCAUUUUGUAGGGCUUUACAAACUUAGGAGUAGAGUAACACGGCAGCGCAUGUUCUGAGAUUUACUGUGUAUCUUUAUUCAGGCUGUGAUCAUCUUGCAAAGCUGUAGCUUUGAGAAGCUGCUUCAAGUUACUUGCAGUGUGAAAAAGCCCUUCCUUGUAUUGUAGUCGCUUGCAGGCUGGCUGUUGUAGGUCACCUAAUUUGUGUACUGCUCUUUCUUGGGCGUGUGUGUGUGUGUGUGUGUACACACAUGACGUAUGUAUGUAUUACUGUUGGCUUGGGCAAUUCCUUGUAAUCUGAAACCUCAACUUUGGAAGCAGUAUGGAAUGUGUCUUGCCCUCAUCUCCAUCGUCACGAUACCUCUAGUGCCAUGCUCAAAGAAAUGCAUUGGGCUUUAGACUCUGAAGCUAAAGAGGAACCGAAGGAAGAGACACGACCGUUUCUCAGACACUGGGGAGGCCUUGCUUGUCCUGGAAGGGAGGAUGAACUGUCGGUGAUGAUGCGGAACUGCCGUGGAUUGUAAUUUUAGUAUUAAUUCGCUGGUUAUUCUGUACUUAGUAUUAAUUAGUUUGCUAUCUGGAGAAGAGAAUGGGAAAACCAAUGGGUGAUCCACCAGAGCACAUGUGAGCCAGCUCCUGGAUGUACAAAACCAUAGACGUGGUGCAAGUGGUGUGCUCUUGCGCACCUGCCCUUUGGUUCCAUGGGGCUUGCAGUGGGGAAGCUUUUUGGGGGGACGGUUAUGCCCAGUCACUGAUAGCUGGUCCCUUUUGCAUUAAGAAGAAGCUGCUAAAGUUUUAGCCUUUUUUGAGAAUAAAGCUGACAUUUUUAAAAAAACAAAAUAGUCGUGUUUUGUUCCCCGUAAGGUUCUCUUGACUUAUUUAAUAUCAUUCAUUUUCAACUUCAGCCAGGAGAGAGCAUGUGAAUGCCAUGGCCCACUGAACUGGUUAUCACAGAGAUCAGAGUCCACCCAUCAGUGAGCUGAGAUUUUCAACUGGGUGGGUCCAGCUUGCAUCUCAUGUUCUUAACCACUCUUUUAAAAAAGUGCUCUCUUUCUCUCUCCUCUCUUUUAAAGACAAGAUCCUAGUUCUCAUGAUAGGAAGAAAGGGAGACCUUGGACACAGCAGUGCUAUUCAGCUCUAUUGGCAGGCUGACAACAUGACCUGUGCAGUUGUACAACAUAUGCCAUACUUUAGAGGUCAGCAGCAUCUCACUCUGGUAAUUGGCUGUUUUUCUUUCCCCCCCUCAGUACUAAAUUCUGCAUUAGCACAGAAUCAAUAGCAUGCAUACAGACCUGCACUGGUGACUCAUAAUGCAAUCAAUGAUGGCUGAAUACACUUUUCAGGAAAGCAUUGGCCCUUUAUCAACUCGGCCUCCUUUCCGGGGCUAUACAUGCAGAAUUCAUGGUAAAGAUUCUUUCCACGUUUUCUUUUACCAACAGUCUGAGCAGUUGUAGGGAAACAAAAGUCUUUUCAGGAAACAUUUGGGCAGCCACAAGAGUGCCUCCAGGCUCUCCCAUCAGAAGGCAAAUGGGAAGCAAGCGGUGCAUUGUGUCAAGGUGUCCAUUUCUGAACAGUACACAUCAGAGGCCGCAAUCAGCAAUGCAUUGUUCCACACCAUGUUUUCCCCCCCUUUGUAGCACUGCAUUCCAGAUGUUGUCUUUCAUUUCUCACAGCUGUAGGGCAAGGUCCAAAACACUCCUCCUUGGGAAGAAUAGAGCAGCUUCAGUUACUCUUGAUAGAUCAGCAGAAGUACUUUACCCUUAGCUCUUCAGAAGAGCUUUUUUCCUUUUUUGUACAGCAAAUCCUGUGUUCUAAGAAUCUGGUAUGGCAAGGCCACCCUUGUGUGCUGGAUUUCCUCUCCAACAAGUAGUUCCUUCCUCAACAACCCUUGUUUUAAGGGCUGUAUUUGGGCACACGAACUGUCAGUACUGCACAUAUAGAACACAGAUCAUGGGAAUCUAUGCUCGGUGGAUGUUUUACAGGGGGAGUUGGGAGGGGUGAUGCAGACAGAAAGUUUGUCAGCUUGCAGAUGUGAACCAUCUCUGUCCAAGACUGGGAGAGUGAUACUCCUUGUACAUUCUCUGUUGGUUUGCUGGUCAAUGACUAAAUAAACUGAUCUCUUCUCUGUU